AUGGAGUGUAUUUGGUUAGUUGCAGUAUUAGCACUAGCAUUAUCUCUCCGCUUCCUAAAUAAUCAAUGGCAGAGAAAGAAGAAAAUAAUGUUACAUCUUCCACCAGCGCCGAAGGGGCUUCCGAUAAUAGGCCACAUCCAUUUAUUAGGCAAAAAUCCCCACCAAGAUUUCCGCCGCCUUGCUCAACAACACGGCGAGAUCAUGCACAUGCGCCUCGGCUCUCUCCCGAUCGUCGUCGUGUCGUCCCCGGCCGCUGCCAAGCUAGUGCUAAAGACGCACGACGCCGUUUUGUCCGACAGGCCUCACUACCUCUCGACCACGCGCCUCACGUACGGCCACAGGGACGUGAUAUGUGCUCCCUGCGGCCCGUACUGGCGCAACAUGCGGAAGCUAUGCACGCUCGAGCUGCUGAGCGGGCCCAAGGUCGAGGAGUUUCAGCCGAUGAGGCGGGCCGAGCUGGGGAUGGCGGUGGAGGGGAUCCGCCGGGCGGCCGAGGGGAGGGAGGUUGUGGAUGUUAGUGCUAGAGUGGGGGAGCUUGUUGGGGAUAUGAAUUGUUUGAUGGUUUUUGGGAGGAAGUUUGUGGAUAGGGAUUUGGACAAGGAGUUGGGGUUUAAGGAUGUUAUCGAUGAGACCACACGUGUGGCUGCGCAGCCUAAUCCCGGGGACUAUUUCCCGUCCGUGGCGGCGCUUGAUCUUCUGGGGCUCAACCGCCGCAUGGAGAAGCUUAGCGCGACGUUUGAUGGCUUUCUCGACGCCAUCAUUGAUGAUCAUGUCACGAAAAAGGAGGAGAAGGAGAAGAAGAGCCGUGAUUUUGUUGAUGUUAUGAUGGCAAUUAUGGAUUCCGGUGGUGCCGGGUUUGACUUUGACCGUCGUCACGUGAAGGCUGUGCUUUUGGAUAUGUUGAUUGGAGGGAUUGAUACAACAUCAACAACUAUAGAUUGGAUAAUGACGGAGUUGAUAAAGAAUCCAACAGUGAUGAAGAAGCUACAGAAAGAAAUCGAGGAGGUUGUGGGGUUGGAUCAAAUGGUGGACAAAUCACAACUUUCUAGUCUCAAGUACCUUGAGUGUGUGGUGAAGGAGUCAUUGAGGCUCCACCCUGUGGCACCGCUACUAUCGCACGCCGCCCAAGAGGACUGCGAGCUCAUGGGUUACAACAUACCUAGUAAAACACACGUAUUUGUGAAUGUAUGGGCCAUUGGAAGAGAUCCCCAAGUCUGGCCUGACCCGGAAACAUUUUUUCCCGAAAGGUUUCUAGGGACUAAUGUGGACCUUCGAGGCCGAGAAUUUAAUCUUUUGCCAUUUGGUUUUGGUCGACGAAGUUGCCCAGGGUUGCAAUUAGGAUUGAUGAUAGUUCAAUCUGUGGUGGCACAGUUGGUUCAUUGCUUUGAUUGGGAGCUUCCCGAUGAAAUGUUGCCUGAUCAGUUAGAUAUGUCUGAAAAAUAUGGCAUGGUGGUCACUAGGGCUAAACAUCUUAUGGCAAUUCCAACAUACAGAUUGAGUAAAAUAAUUUAA